AUGCCUUACCAAGGGAAAACAAAGGCAAGCUCUGUUGGAGCGGACACGCCCGCUGUCCUGAAAGGCGAACAACAUGGUGAAGGCAAAAACUCCACCAACAACCAGGACAAUACCAAAUACACCUUCCCCAACUACCAUCAGCAGCCGACUCCUCAUAUGCAGAACAUCUCCGACCACACCAGGGGCCAUCUGAAACAGAAGCGGGAUGCGUCGGUGGACAAGAAGUGGGUCAACAAGAAA